CGUUCUAUUCAUUUAGGUGUGUAUAAAUUCAAUCGAACAUUACGGUUGUGCAAGUAUUAUUGUUUUAGUAAGUGGUGUUUAAAAGACACAUAUAGCCAUUAAAAUAUAUUCAAUAAACGUGUUUUGUGUGUAAUUCGUAAUAAAGAGUGCAUUCAAAAUGAGCGCCAUCAGCGACAUUAGGAGCUACGCACUUUUCGCCACUUUUUCUUUUCAUUUAGUCCACAGUUUACGAUGCUAUCAAUGCAUCAGCACAAACAACUCGCAUCCCUUCCAAUGCAACGAAAUUCUCUCCAGCGACAUCGAUAUCGAACCACAGCCUUGUGAUGCUGUUUUCGGGGCGCAGUAUUGCGUGAAGCACAUAGGCCGAUUUGAGGCGACUAGUCUGGAUUGCUACCAAUGUACAUCGGAAGAAGAACUGUCUUGUGGAGAUAGCAGUUUGGUUCUAAGUACCUUACAACCAGCGAACUGCAGUCAUGUAUACGAUGCACGGUAUUGCAUCAAAUCGAUUGGACGAUUCGGAGGUGGAAUAGGCACGAAGCGGUUUUGUUCUGCAUUGGAUCAGGGGAACUAUUGCGACUACGUUAAUCAACAGGGUGACCAGCUAACAUAUCGAACCUGCAUCUUCACUUGUACCGGCGACGGAUGUAAUCCAGCAGCUAUUAUGAAACCAAGUAUCAUAUGGAUGGUAUCGAUUGGAUCAUUAUUAGCUUAUAAAUUAUUCCUCGAGAGGUAGAUAU